AGAAAAAUGUCAACAAAAACGGAAAAGUGUAUUAUUUUCCGUCGUAAAUGAAGUUUUCUAACGUGACUUUCUUUGCAAUCUAACAGAAUGACUUUAUAUACAGACACCAAACUUAAUUUUACUGACUUAAAUGUUGUAUCUACAGUGGGAUCAUGGCACCCUUCCUUACCGCUUCUUGCUAUAGGCUCGUUCCACCAGGAAAAGGGAGGAUUUGUUACUAUUUUCCAAGAAAAUGGUUUCGCUUUGGAAGGCUGUGAAUGGCCUAUCUUGUUAUCAAACCAAGUUACAGCUUUAGCUUGGCAUCCAACCAGGAGAUUACUAGUCGUUGGAUGGGAUGGUGGUGAACUUUAUAUAUGGUUGGAGUAUUCAUGGGCCCGCUUGGAAGCCCCUCACAGUGCAGCCUUAACAACUGUGGCUUUCAGUCUUGGAGGAGGCAGACUAUUGGCAUCAGAUGCCUCUGGUUCACUAUCUGGUUGGCAAUCUAGUUCUGGCGCGCCGUUAACAUCCUUCCACCAUCAACUUGGUGACGUCAUUACACACAUAACAUUCUGCCCUCCACAACCAAGCAGUGAGUCUUCUAUCAGAGGUUUAGCGCGAGCUGCUGUGGCUGGCGACGAAAAUGCUCUAGAUGCUUUAGCUGCUUGGAGACCUCGCACAACAGCCAGAAUGAGGGAGGGAGUCCAGCCAGACAACCAUUGCUGCUAUGCUGCUCAAGAUAAUGGAGUCAUCUUAUAUAUUGAUCAUUCUGGGUCUUGCACAGAAGUUCUAAACGCCCCAGGAAAUGUUAUAUUUAUAGGAAUAAUAAGCAAUAUCUAUCUCCUAAUAGCUUGGGAAUCCGGUGGAGCUCUCAGUUUGACAAGGUUUUUAACAUGUGAUGAUGGAGCUGUACAGACAGACACUCAUGUAAGAAUGACUGCUAGGAAUGGGCAGUGUAUUGUACUUGCUGGCAAUUACUAUGUAUCUGUUAUAACGGGAGAUAACUUGAUAAGAGUAUGGGACAGUGAAACUGGGGACAAUGAUGUGUUGCCUAAUGAAAAAGAAGAAAUUGCCCCAGGGGACAGUUUCACAAGUAUUAGCUAUUGUAAUUUGAGUGAUACUCUGUGCUGUGGAACAUCUCAAGGAAAUUUGUACCUUUGGAGACGAGAUCAUAGAAAUAACUGGAAACUAAUAAGCAGCACUUCUAUCAAAGGCACUGUGAAAGAGGUCAGUUGGGGAUCUGAAGGGCUAAUGAAUCCUUUACUUCAUGUCAAUUGUAUAACAAGUGCUUACAUUCUUCGAGAGCAGCCUGUCUGUUGGGGAUACUCGCCAAAUGUAUGUAUGGUGCAGAAAUCAGCCAAUGAAGUUGCUAUAACCAAUAAGAAUAAUCAGACAUCAACCAUAAACUCUACUAUAACAGUGAGAGCUUUUACUUACAAAGAUCAGUAUGUGGCAUUAGGAGAUGGAAAGGAAGUACAGAUUUGGAUGUGUAGUAAAGAUAAUGAUAUAAAAUUUUCCCUAGUGCGAUCUUUUAUGUGGAAAACAGAUGUUCUUAUUAUCUACAAUGAUGUACUUGUAGGUGUGGUUACUCCUCAUGUUGAAUGUUAUAGUAUUACUGGAAACAGCUUAGGAAUUUUACCCAGUACUGAGGGGGAGGGCGAAGCCAUAGGAGUCACAAAUACUAAUAAAUUUGUUGUCAUUGCCACUAUGGAUGGCACUCUAAAGUUAGCUGAAAUAACCAAGAAAGGUCUUCGAAUGCCAUAUCCUCCCAAAAAUUGUUACCAAAUGAUUGAAGACUUCGGCGAGGUAAUGAGGGCUUCAGUCAACUGCACAGGUCGUUAUAUUUGCCUUAGCAUUGCCAAUGCUGGUUUGGCACCAGACCCCAGGCUCUAUUUGUGGGAUGUAGCCAAUGACGUCAUCACAAACACGUUGCUUUCGGAGAGCUCAACACCACCUUAUCAAAGUGUGCCAAUAGCAAUAAUUUGGGACAACAACGAUCCUAGAAUUGUCGCUGUUCAUAUGCGCUCAGUAGACUUCGACCGAGUCCACUUGUUUUUCUGUCAUGAAGGAAAUCUGUAUGAAUAUAAAAACUGGUGUUCAUCUGCUGAAGAGUAUUUCACGUCUGACUUCAUGUUGUGCGCUCUCUAUUCGCCUUACAUCGUUAUACUUUCACAACAAAGCAUAAAGAAAAUAAUGAUGAAUGAAUUCAAAGACUGCAGUGAUCACGAACCUGCUACCAUCCGUCAAGUGCUAGAUUUCUUAUACUAUAUGACUACAGGAUAUUUGGAAAAAGCUGUAGUAGUUGGGACUAACAUUUCCGGUGGAAAGGGGUCGGUUAUUUGGGACAGUUUGGCUAAAGAAUGUGUCGCUAGAAAAAGGCCUGACGUAGGAGCAAUAUGCCUCGGGAAAAUGGGCAACAUCAAAGGUGCUUUGAUGAUGCGCAAAGUUAUGAAUGAUGACGAUAUGAACGAUAUUUGUAAAGUUGCUGUGCUUGCAGUCAAUAUAGGAAUGACUGAUGAAGCUGAAGUGCUGUUUCGAGAGGGCCAAAGACCAGAUUUGAUCACCCGCCUAAUAUCAGCGAAGGAGGGUGGACUGAACGAAAUCUCUUCAGGGGCGCAUGAUGGCGAAAACGUCUUGCUUAUAAAGAGUGCUCAGCACAAGCUGGCUAAAGUUCUUUGGGCGAAUGGAGAAACAGGACCUUCUUUGAAAUUAUUCGAGAGUGCCGGUACUCUUGUGCCUCACGUUCCUCGGAUGUUGAUAGCACAAGGACAGGCGCCUGCUUUAGCCCAAUACGUUGCUAAUUCUAAUGACUCUAAUCUGAUAACAUGGUGGGGUCAUUAUAUGGAAAGUAUAGGUGAUUUGGAAGGGGCUUUGGAGGCAUACGCUCGGGCUAAUGACUUUGGUGAACAAACGAGGCUGUUGUGCCAUAUGAACAGGAUCGAUGAAGCUGAGAAAGUAUGCCAGAAGAAUCGCGCAGCUAUGUAUCAGAUGGCGCGCUACUUGGAAAUGCAGCCAGAUAAAACUGAAAACUCUGUGAAGCUGUAUAUAAAAUGCGGUGCUGUGACGUCAGCAAUCCGAGUGGCCGCCGAAGCUACAGCAUGGAACCUUGUGUGGCGAGCUGGCUCCACGUCUGCUACUCAUGCUUUGCAUGCUGCUUCUAUACUUGAGAACAACGGCCAAAAUGAACAGGCCAUUGCGCUAUAUCAGAAAGCAGGCAAACCUCACUUAGCUCUGAAGUUAGCCAUCAACUGCGGCGACACCAACGCGAUGGUAGCCGCGGUGGAGUCUCUUGGCGACCGGGUGGAUCCUGAGCAAGCGCACACCCUCGCCGCUCAUUUGAGAAAAGCAGAUCAUCAUUCACACGCGGCGGCAUUGUUGGCCGCAGCUGGGAAGUACGAAGAAGCUCUGGACAUAGUAGAACAAUCGUCAACGCCGUUGUCUGAGGAACUGAGUGAGCGGCUGGCCGCGCCGGCGGGGACGUCGGGGCGUGACGCGUUAUUGCGUCGACUAGCCGAUGUGCUGGGGGGCCGGGGGCUGUACCACCAAGCGGCUAAGCGCCUGGCACAUGCUGGAGAUAAGGCUGGUGCAAUGCGCUGGUUGAUGCGAUCAGGCGACGCGGACAGAAUCGCAACCUUUGCAGCCGCGACGCGUGACCGGGCGGCUCAACUGAUGGCAGCAGACUAUCUUAGAAGACGCGCGGAUUGGCGCUCCAGGCCUGACCUUACUAGACAUAUCAUGCACUUCUAUACGAGGGCUAAAGCGUAUAACAAACUCGCCGCUUUCUACGCGGAGUGCGCCAAGAUGGAAGCUGAUGAGUAUAAUAAUUACGACAAGGCGUUGGAAGCUCUCAAAGAGGCGACUAGGUGUCUUUCUAAAUCAUCAGAUCCAGAGACAGGAGCUCAAACAUUGGCACUACAAGAACAAUGUUCUCUUGUGAAACGAUUCUUGGAUGUGAAAAAGACAUUAGAAUCUGGAGAUAUAAAUGCAGGUGUAACAAGCGGGCAGCAACUGUUACGAGCCAUAAGUGGUCGCUCUGGACUGGUCACAGAGGAAAAAGUUCUCAGAUUGCUUAUAGAACUAGCUCCAAGCCACCCAGAUGCAAUGAGAUUCGAGCAACAACUAAGAGGCUUGCAACAGCAACCAACUGACGAAGAGCAGUCUGCUGAUUCACCAGAACAAAGUAUUGAAGAAGUUAUCUAAUUUAUGUUAGCUUUAAGGAAUUAUACCUAUUAGUGUCAGUAAGACUAAAUGCACUGUGAUUGUUGUAAGCAAUUCCGUCCAUGCUCUCUGUAAUAAAUAU